AACAGUGCCUGGCGUCAAAGAUAUCUUGAUUUGACCGCUUCCUGCGUGCCCUUGACGAGUGCCAGCCCUGCAGCAAGCGGGGAGUCGAUCCUCGUGUUUUGUUCAAUAUUAAAUAACACCCCAGGAAGAAAGGAAAAGGAAAAAAGGUGAGGGGUCCAAAAAUCCGCAUAGAUGUCAAGACCGCCCGUGCAACAAUGGCGGCAUCCCCCAUCCACCGUCCACCAUCUGGUCUCCGACGGUGAGUCUUUGAGCGUGAGGGCCGUCCCGCAAUAUGAACCAGAGCCUCCGAGCUUUUUGCAUCCGCGCCGCCAGAGCUCGGGUUCAACCCCAAUGACCUUGUCCCAGUACAGGCCGCCCGUCCACGGAAGACCCGAAGAUGGUGGAGGUCCCAGUUAUAGUGGAGGUCCUAGUUAUGGCGUCUCGCCAGGCCCCGGAGGUCCCCUGGCUCCAUACGGGACACAGCGACCAAGCCUGUCGGGGAUGGAGUAUACAGGGCCUUCGAGUCCCCACUACGACACGGCCAAUUACGCUCGAGCUUCGAUCAGCUCGACCGGGCGAAUGACCGACAUCGACUCUCAACCCCACUCAUCCCAUGGAUCUAGAUAUAGUAGUAGCCCAGUGCCCUCAGACAAUGGCGCCGCCACAUACACCCGCAGCCUUGCCCCUCUCGCCCAACCAAAACCCCGGUAUUCCACAUCCUCCAAUUCCCCCAUGAGCCUGGGCAACCUCAUCCACCAUUCGCCGACGCCGUCGCCGCCGCCACGACGCACCUCGUCGACACCCCGCUACCACCUCCACAUUCGUCAACAGCCCAUCGCUGCACGAGCCUGCGGAGCCGUCGACCGUGAUCGGCGACCCGUCGAUCCUCCCCCGAUUCUCCAAAUGUUAAUCACCGAUUUCGACCCCCGCUCCGCCAACGAUCUAGACAUUCUCCAAGACCCCCGCUUCGCCGUGGGCUGCCUCCUCUGCCCCAUCCCUUCCACACCGGAGUCAGCCCCGGGCCAAUCAACACCCCUCCUCUCAGGCAAAUCCUUUGUAUCGCCCUUCUUCGUUGACGCCGACCCCGAUCCAGCCACCGCACCUCCCACCCCCACAACCAACGACAUCAUCAACAACCACCACCCAGCGACCAGACACGCCCCUGGAGAACCCCCCAGCCACCCCGCAACCUUCUUCAUCUUCUCAGACCUGUCCGUGCGCACAGCCGGCCUGUACCGCCUCCAAUUUCGCCUAAUGAACUGGGGCAGCGUCGAAGACACGGGCCUCUCGAUGCCUAUCCUCGCUGAGGCCUGGUCCGACCCUUUCCGCGUGUACCCGGCUAAGGAUUUUCCCGGGAUGCGCGACUCGUCGGCGCUUACGCGGGGGUUGAAGGAGAUGGGGUUCGUGGAGCUUAAGACUCGUGGGAAGGGUACGGGGAAGGGAAGGCGGAAGUGACCCGGUGGGUUUGCGGUGCUUGUUGGUUGCUUUUUGGCGGGGUUGCAUGUUAUGUAGAUUCUCAGAUAUGUUUCGGUUGGGAUGAAUUGAGAUGAGUGGGUGGUGAGAUGUGGGAUGUUGGGUAUGAGGUCUUUGGCGUUUCUCUCUUUCCUUCUAUUUUACUUUUUCUUUCUCCUUCCCUUCCUUUUACUUGUGUUUGGUUUCACUUGGAUUCUCUUUGCAGUUACUUUACUUUCGUACCAGGAUUUAUAUCUGCUCUACAUAUACGAGGAGCAUGAAUGAAAUGCAUAGCAGGUGCUGGUUAGCCUACACCCAGCUCACUCACCAGCCUCUAUAUCUGACGCUUUCUUUUGGAAAAGCAUGUGAAAUAAGAAGAUGAAG